AUGAAGAUUAGUCUGUUUUUGAUAGCAGGUGCUAUACUAGGCCUGUCUGCUGAUGCGGCCGUCCACAAAGUGACUUUGAAGAAGGUUUCUGAAACUCCCUCUCAAAAGUUUCAACGAUAUUCGCAGUCUGGAGAGUAUUUAACUCACAAGUACUUUAGUAGUUCGCGACGCUUGCAACAUGCAAACAAAUUAUUUACUCCAAGCUUUGAUGGAAAUGUGGAACACGGCGUACCUCUUUCAAACUUUAUGAAUGCACAGUAUUUUGGUGAGAUUUCACUUGGCACACCUCCACAAAAAUUUACGGUAGUUUUUGACACCGGCUCAUCAAAUUUGUGGGUUCCAUCAACUCAUUGUUCAUCCAUCGCUUGUUUCCUUCAUCGCCGGUUUGAUUCCAGUAAAUCCAGCACUUUCAAAAAGAAUGGCACUGAAUUUGCUAUUCAAUAUGGAACAGGUAGCUUGGAAGGCAUUAUUAGCAAUGAUGUCUUAAAUGUUGGUGAUAUCGCCGUCGAGAAACAAGAUUUCGGAGAAUCUGUUAAAGAACCUGGUUUGACUUUUGCAUUCGGUCGAUUUGAUGGUAUUUUUGGUCUUGCUCAUGACAAAAUCUCUGUUAAGGGAGUUGUGCCUCCGUUCUAUCACAUGGUGAAUCGUAAACUAAUUGAUGAGCCAAUCUUCUCUGUUUGGCUUAAUGAUGCUGAGAAGGACAAAGAAGUUGGUGGUGAACUCGUCUUUGGUGGAACUGAUGAAUCUCGUUUCACCGGUGAUAUUCAUUGGGCCCCUGUUCGCAGACCUUAUUAUUGGGAAGUGGUGCUUGAAAAAGUAAUAUUUGGUAAAGAUGAAGUAGAAUUUGAAAACACAGGAGCUGCUAUCGAUACUGGAUCAUCCCUUUUGGCUGUACCCUCGGUGGUUGCCGAUUUGAUUAACAAAGAAAUUGGUGCAAAGAAAAACUUUGCUGGUCAAUAUAUUCUUGAUUGUGAUAAAGUAAAAGAUCUGCCCGAUUUUACUUUAUUCUUUAACAAGAAACCUUUCAAAUUAACUGGCGAUGAUUAUAUCUUGAAAGCUCAAAAUCAAUGCAUUUCUGCUUUUAUGGGUUUGGAUAUCCCCGAACCUCUUGGUCCUAUUUGGAUUAUUGGUGAUGUUUUCCUCCGCAAAUACUACACUAUAUACGAUCUUGGAAAUAAACGAGUAAGUGUCAUACAGUUUCUAUCCUAA